UCCUCAUUGUUGUUCCUGGCAGGAGCCAAAGGAAGGAAUCUAGCCACUAAACCAGCAGAUAUGACCACAUGCCACCUCCCGCCUCGCUGCCCACACCCCCACCCCACCCUGCCUCCACCCAGGGACCCAGGUGUUCAGCUUUCUGCUCCCCAGCUAUCUCCCUCAGAGACCCCACCCUUCCAGGACCAAACUUUCCAGAAGGCAUCCAGGGAAUGGCCAGGAGCCGUCCUCACUUCCUUCUUGGAACCCAGGCAUCCAGAAUCACCAUCCCUCCUUCCCAGGCCUUCACAGUUUCCCAUUUCAUCUGGCCCUAAGGAUGGCAGCCUCCUCCAGGAAGUUGGCAUCAUCUGCCUGGCACAUGACCCAGGGUGUGGCCUGAGGGGCCCAGAAACUCCACUAUAUAGCCCUGCCACAGGGCAGGCCCUGCAGCUCCAGGAACCUGCAGCCAUGGGUGCCCUGUGGAGCUGGUGGAUACUCUGGGCUGGAGCAACCUUCCUGUGGGGAAUGACCCAGGAGGCUUCAGUGGACCUCAAGAACACUGGCAGGAACGAAUUCCUCACAGCCUUCCUGCAGAACUAUCAGCUGGCCUACAGCAAGGCCUACCCCUGCCUGCUUAUCUCCAGUCUGUCAGAGAGCCCGGCUUCUGUCUUCAUCCUCAGCCAGGCAGACAAAACCUCAAAGAAUGUCACAGUGAGGCCUGGGGAGUCUGUCAUGGUCAACAUUAGUGCCAACGCUGAGAUGAUAGGCAGCAAGAUCUUCCAGCACGCGGUGGUGAUCCACUCUGACCAUGCUAUCUCUGUGCAGGCACUAAAUGCCAAGCCCAACACAGCAGAGCUGACACUGCUGCGGCCCAUCCAGGCCCUGGGCACCGAGUACUUUGUGCUCACACCCGCCAGCACCUCAGCCAGGAAUGUCAAGGAGUUUGCCGUGGUGGCCGGUGCCGCAGGUGCUUCGGUCAGUGUCACGCUGAAGGGGUCAGUGACAUUCAAUGGCAAGUUCUAUCCAGCAGGCGAUGUCCUAAGUGUGACUCUAGAGCCCUACAAUGUGGCCCAGCUACAGAGCUCAGUGGAUCUCUCGGGGUCAAAGGUCACAGCUAGUAGCCCCGUGGCUGUCCUCUCUGGCCACAGCUGUGCCCAGAAACAUACGACCUGUAACCAUGUGGUCGAGCAGCUGCUACCCACAUCUGCCUGGGGCACCCACUAUGUAGUACCCCCGCUGGCCUCCCAGUCCCGCUAUGAUUUGGCCUUCGUUGUGGCCAGCCAGGCCACACAGCUGACCUAUAACCAUGGGGGUAUCACUGGCUCCCGUGGGCUCCAGGCAGGUGAUGUGGUAGAGUUUGAGGUUCGGCCAUCCCGGUCACUCUACCUGUCUGCAAAUGUGGGCAUCCAGGUCCUGCUGUUUGGCACAGGUGCCAUAAGGAAUGAAGUGACUUAUGACCCCUACCUGGUCCUGAUCCCGGAUGUGGCGGCCUACUGCCCUGCCUAUGUGGUCAAGAGUGUACCAGGCUCUGAGGGCGUGGCCCUGGUGGUGGCACAGACAAAGGCUACCAGCGAGCUGACCAUAGAUGGGCAUGCAGUGGGGGCCAAGCUCCCCUGGGUGGCUGUGCCAGGCAGUGAGUUCUCGUAUGCUGAAGUGGAGCUAGGCACGGCUGACACGAUCCACACGGCCGAGGCCACCACCAACUUCGGGCUGCUCACCUUUGGACUGGCCAAGGCUACAGGCUACGCAACAGCAGCUGAUUGCGGUCGGACUGUGGUGUCCCCAGUGAAGCCCUCCUGCGAAGGCGUGCAGUGUGCAGCUGGGCAGCGCUGCCAGGUGGUAGACGGGAAGGCCAAGUGUGUGGCAGAGUCUACUGCUGUCUGUCGCGCCCAGGGCGACCCCCAUUACACCACCUUCGACGGCCGUCGCUACGACAUGAUGGGCACCUGUUCGUACACGAUGGCAGAGCUGUGCAGUGAGGACGACACCCUGCCUGCCUUCAGUGUGGAGGCCAAGAACGAGCACCGGGGCAGCCGCCGCGUCUCCUACGUGGGCCUCGUCACUGUGCAUGCCUACAGCCACUCCGUGUCGCUGACCCGCGGGGAAGUUGGCUUCGUCCUAGUUGACAAACAGCGCUCGCGCCUGCCAGUCUCCCUGAGCGAGGGUCGCCUGCGUGUGUACCAGAGCGGACUGCGGGCUGUGGUGGAGCUGGUCUUUGGGCUGGUGGUCACUUAUGACUGGGACUGCCAGCUGGCACUCAGCCUGCCCGCGCGCUUCCAAGACCAGGUGUGCGGGCUGUGUGGCAACUAUAAUGGUGACCCAGCAGACGACUUCCUCGCGCCUGACGGGGAUCUGGCUCCUGACGCCAUGGAGUUCGCAAGUAGCUGGAAGCUGGACGAUGGGGACUACCUGUGUGAGGAUGGCUGCCAGAACAACUGUCCCUCCUGCACCCCAGGCCAGGCCCAACACUAUGAGGGCGACAGACUCUGUGGCAUGCUGACCCAGCUUGAUGGCCCCUUCGCUGUCUGCCAUGACACCCUGGACCCCAGGCCCUUCCUGGAGCAGUGUGUAUAUGACCUGUGUGUGGUCGGUGGGGAGCGGCUCAGUCUGUGCCGUGGCCUCAGCGCCUAUGCCCAGGCCUGUCUGGAGCUUGGCAUCUCAGUUGGGAACUGGAGACCUCCAGCCAACUGCCCCCUGUCCUGCCCAGCCAACAGCAGCUAUGAGCUCUGCGGCCCUGCCUGCCCGGCCUCCUGCAACGAGGCUGCGGCGCCGUCCAACUGCUCUGGGCGCCCCUGCGUAGAGGGCUGCGUGUGCCUCCCGGGCUUCGUGGCCAGCGGCGGCGCCUGUGUGCCGACCUCGUCGUGCGGCUGCACCUUCCAGGGUCUCCAGCUCGCUCCGGGCCAGGAGGUGUGGGCGGACGAGUCGUGCCAAAGGCGCUGCACCUGCAACGGCGCCACCCAUCAGGUGACCUGCCGCGACACACAGGGCUGCCCGGCGGGUGAGAUCUGCAGCGACCAGAAUGGGCUCCUGGGCUGCUACCCCAAUCGCUUCGGGACCUGUCAGGGGUCCGGGGACCCACACUAUGUGAGCUUCGACGGCCGGCGCUUCGACUUCAUGGGCACCUGCACGUACCUGCUGGUCGGCUCAUGCGGCCAGAACGCAGCGCUGCCCGCCUUCCGGGUGCUGGUGCAAAACGAGCAUCGGGGCAGCCAGACUGUGAGCUACACGCGCGCCGUGCUGGUGGAGGCCCGCGGGGUGAAGGUGGCGGUGCACCGGGAGUACCCCGGGCAAGUGCUGGUGGAUGACGUCCUUCAGUACCUGCCCUUCCAAGCAGCAGAUGGGCAGGUGCAGGUGUUCCGCCAGGGCAGGGACGCCGUCGUGCGCACGGACUUUGGUCUGACUGUCACCUAUAACUGGGAUGCACAAGUGACUGCCAAGGUGCCCAGCAGCUAUGCUGAGGCCCUGUGUGGACUCUGUGGGAACUUCAAUGGGGACCCAGCUGACGACCUGGCUCUGCGGGGUGGGGGUCAAGCUGCCGAUGCACUGGCUUUUGGGAACAGCUGGCAAGAAGAGACGAGGUCCGGCUGUGGAGCAACUGAACCAGGUGAUUGUCCCAAGCUGGACUCCCUGGUGGCCCAGCAGCUGCAGAGCAAGAAUGAGUGUGGAAUCCUUGCCGACCCCAAUGGGCCCUUCCGAGAGUGCCACAGCAAGCUGGACCCCCAGGGUGCCGUGCGCGACUGUGUCUAUGACCGCUGCCUGCUGCCAGGCCAGUCUGGGCCACUAUGUGAUGCAUUGGCCACCUAUGCUGCUGCAUGCCAGGCUGCUGGAGCCACAGUGCACCCCUGGAGGAGUGAAAACCUUUGCCCACUGAGCUGUCCACCCCACAGCCACUAUGAGGCGUGUUCCUACGGCUGCCCGCUGUCCUGUGGAGACCUCCCAGUGCGCGGAGGCUGUGGCUCAGAAUGCCAUGAGGGCUGCGUGUGCGAUGAGGGCUUUGCGCUCAGUGGUGAGUCCUGCCUGCCUCUGGCCUCCUGUGGCUGCGUACACCAGGGCACCUACCACCCGCCAGGCCAGACCUUCUACCCUGGCCCCGGAUGUGAUUCCCUUUGCCACUGCCAGGAGGGCGGCCUGGUAUCCUGUGAGCCCUCCAGCUGCGGCCCGCACGAGGCCUGCCAGCCAUCCGGUGGCAGCUUGGGCUGUGUGGCCGUGGGCUCUGCCACCUGCCAGGCGUCGGGAGACCCACACUACACCACCUUCGAUGGCCGCCGCUUCGACUUCAUGGGCACCUGCGUGUAUGUGCUGGCUCAGACCUGCGGCACCCGGCCUGGCCUGCAUCGGUUUGCCGUCCUGCAGGAGAACGUGGCCUGGGGUAAUGGGCGAGUCAGUGUGACCAGGGUGAUCACAGUCCAGGUGGCAAACUUCACCCUGCGGCUGGAGCAGGAACAGUCCCACGCUGAGACCCCCAUUUUCCCACUCAGGGCCUCCCCAGAUCCCAACUCAAAUGCCUACCUGACUCAUGCCCAUCUUGUCCCCACAGCCUUCCAGUGCCCUGCCCACAGCCACUACGAGCUCUGCGGUGACUCCUGCCCCGUGAGCUGCCCGAGCCUCUCAGCACCUGAGGGCUGUGAGUCGGCCUGCCGUGAAGGCUGUGUCUGCGAUGCUGGCUUUGUGCUCAGUGAUGACACCUGUGUACCUGUGGGCCAGUGUGGCUGCCUCUAUGAUGGCCGCUACUACCCGCUGGGUGAGGCCUUCUACCCGGGCCCUGAGUGUGAGCGGCGCUGUGAGUGUGGGCCAGGUGGCCAUGUCACCUGCCAGGAGGGCACGGCCUGUGGGCCCCAUGAGGAGUGCCGGUUAGAGGAUGGUGUCCAGGCCUGUCAUGCCACAGGCUGUGGCCGCUGCCUGGCCAAUGGGGGCAUCCACUACGUCACCCUUGACGGCCGUGUCUUCGACCUGCAUGGCUCCUGCUCCUAUGUCUUGGCCCAAGUCUGCCAGCCGAAGCCUGGGGAUGAGGACUUUUCCAUCGUGCUUGAAAAGAAUGCAGCUGGAGAUCCCCAGCGCCUCCUGGUUACUGUGUCUGGCCAGGUUGUCAGCCUAGCUCAGGGGCAGCAGGUCACCGUGGACGGCGAGGCUGUGGCCCUGCCUGUGGCCGUGGGCCAUGUGCGGGUGACCGCCGAAGGCCGAAACAUGGUUCUGCAGACGACCAAGGGGCUGCGGCUUCUCUUUGAUGGCGAUGCCCAUGUCCUCAUGUCCAUCCCCAGCUCCUUCCAUGGAAGGCUCUGUGGCCUCUGUGGGAACUUCAAUGGCAACUGGAGUGAUGACUUUGUCCUGCCCAAUGGCUUGGCAGCGUCCAGUGUGGAGACCUUCGGGGCUGCAUGGCGGGCGCCCAGCUCCUCCAAGGGCUGUGGCGAGGGCUGCGGGCCCCAAGGCUGCCCCGUGUGCUCAGCAGAGGAGACUGCACCCUAUGAGAGCAACGAGGCCUGCGGGCAGCUCUGGAACCCCCAGGGACCCUUCGCCACCUGCCAGGCUGUGCUGAGUCCCUCUGAGUACUUCCGCCAAUGUGUGUACGACCUGUGCGCGCAAAAGGGUGACACAGCCUUCCUGUGCCGCAGCCUGGCAGCCUACACGGCGGCCUGUCAGGCAGCCGGCCUGGCCGUGAAGUCCUGGAGGACAGAAAGCUUCUGCCCGCUCCAGUGCCCCGCCCACAGCCACUACUCCAUCUGCACACACACCUGCCAGGGUUCCUGUGCAGCUCUCUCUGGCCUCACGGGCUGCACCACCCGCUGUUUUGAGGGCUGUGAGUGUGACGACCGCUUCCUGCUUUCCCAGGGUGUCUGCAUCCCUGUCCAAGAUUGUGGCUGCACCCAUAAUGGCCGAUACUUGCCAGUGAACUCCUCCCUGCUGACCUCAGACUGCAGCAAGCGCUGUUCCUGUUCCUCAAGCUCCGGCCUGACAUGCCAGGCAGCUGGCUGCCCAUCAGGCCGCGUAUGUGAGGUCAAGGCUGAAGCCCGGGACUGCUGGGCCGCCCGUGGUCUCUGUGUCCUGUCUGUGGGUGCCAACCUCACCACCUUUGAUGGGGCCCGUGGUGCCACCACCUCUCCUGGUGUCUAUGAGCUCUCUUACAGCUGUCCAGGACUACAGAAGACCAUCCCCUGGUACCGUGUAGUUGCUGAAGUCCAGACCUGCCAUGGCAAAACUGAGGCUGUGGGCCAGAUCCACAUCUUCUUCGAGGAUGGGAUGGUGACGGUGACCCCAAACAAGGGUGUGUGGGUGAAUGGUCUCCAAGUGGAUCUCCCAGCUGAGAAGUUAGCAUCUGUGUCCGUGAGUCGUACACCUGAUGGCUCCCUGCUAGUCCGCCAGAAGGCAGGGGUCCAGGUGUGGCUUGGAGCCAAUGGGAAGCUGGCUGUGAUGGUCAGCGAUGACCAUGCUGGGAAACUGUGUGGGGCCUGUGGAAACUUUGACGGAGACCAGACCAAUGAUUGGCGUGACUCCGAGAAGUCAGUGAUGGAGAAAUGGAGAGCACAGGACUUCUCCCCAUGUUAUGGCUGAUCAGUUGUCUACCGGGAAUGAAGACUUCCUGAAGAAGACCUGAUCCUCCUGGAGGUUGCAGUGGCUGAAGGAUGCAUCAUGUGCUCCUACCCUGCUCUACCACUUUUCUGGGUCGCAGAGGCCAAAUGUGAGAGCAUUGAAUAAAUUUCUUAAGCUAAGCUGCA